CACACCACACACACUCUAAAAUCAGAUAGACAGAAAAUGCAGAUGUUCGGUCGCUGUACUCUUUAGACAGCUGCUGGUCUGUCUAUUGCAUCCAUUGAGCGUGCACUCAGUCUCAACCACCAUAAAGUUCUUGUUUUCGGUCAGAAUGCGGAGGUUGCUGGACAGCAGCUGGAUAAAGUUUGGACCUGCUGGUAGAGAUGAUUGGGUGUCGGGGUCUUCUUCACCCCCCACUGUGGAAAAACAGCUACAGGGUUACCACUGGAAUGAGGUUUCGGCAGAAAACGAGGCGAAAUCGGAGCUUAUACUGUACAUCGUCAUCCCUCUCGCCACGUUCCUUGUUUUCGGUGUCGUGUUCGUCGUCCUUUACCGAAGAUUCAGGCAGAACAAGCUCGGACUGGCCAACAUCAUCGCGCUGGACCUUCAGGACCCGGAGCGCAAUGCCGAGAUUCUCUCGUCACUCACGGGGAAUGCUGAACGGUUGAACAGCACCAGCUCGGACAUGUCGGAUGGGGUCUUCCUCAUGGUGUACCUCCCGCCGCCCUACGAGGAAACCCUGACGAAGAUCACGCGGGCCGCAAGCCUCACCAGUGGCAAAGAUGUGGAGUCCAUCAAGAUAGAAGACCUCGAAGCCAAACUGUGUCCUGAGCUCAAGGCAAGCGGGGAGUAUGUCUGAGAGAAUACUAGAUGUACUAUAAAGAGUUUGCUCAUCGUUGAUACCAGGAGGGCAGAACAAUUCCAGCACAACGCAGAGAGGAUUAAGUGAAGAUCAUGCAGGCAUGCAAGAGACAUUCAGUCCCAGCGGACAGUGUUGCCCCGUAGUUCAAGGGCUAUCUUGGUUUUCUCAAACGCACAAAUCCUUGUGUUCUCCAGUAGUGGUUAUCUUGUUUUUUAUUGGGGCAAGUUGUCACAUACGUUUAUAUGUUGUAAUUUUAUACAGUGUAUAAACUACAGUAUACUGUAUGUUGGGAAAAAUAAUGGUUUGAUAGUUUUUCUAUGUUACCUUUCCCAUUUUUCCGUUUUUGUUUUACUGUUUAAAUUUGGCUAAAAAGCCUAUAAUAGGCCUUUUAAUGGCGUUUGCACUGUAACAAUUUACCACAUAUUGUUGAACUGUUUCUUUUUUUCCUGGACCGAUGAUGUUAAGGUAUUUGCCUAUACAGAAACUAACUUUCAAUUAUCUAUAAUCAAUCCUGAAAAAUGGAGUUAAAGUGUGACCACAUGCCCCGGUAUCCCCUGUUGUGAAGACAUUGACUGACCUUAAGUUUGUGGGUACUUUCAGAGACUGAACAACCACUGUAAAUGAUUUCUACUCUGUACAUAAUACUGCUAUACCCAAAUGAUACACAUAUCUUACAUUUUAUAUUGUCUAGUUUAGAACUGAAUCAUUAAGAAUUAUGUGCUGUUAUGAGACUAAAAAACUGUUGUGCUUCUAUUAGGGAUUUCAUGAUACCAUUUUUUUUUAGAACAAGUAUGAGUACCGAUACUCCCUUUUCAGUACAUGCUGAUACUGAUACGAUACCUGUUUUUAAAUCCCAUAUCAACAGCUUAUUUCAAUUAUGUCAUAGAAAUAGUGUUUUAAUAAAUGAAUUCAUUAAAACUUAAAUCAAGUGAAAAUAUAACAAUUAAUAUUGUAUUAUUUUUAUCAAAUGAAGUGCUUUUAUACAGAACCUCACAGCACAAUCUACAGUACAACAUUGGAGUUAGUUUUGUCAAAUAAAGUGCUGCAUAACAGAGUACCACAGAUGUGAGAUAUUGCUUAAAUAUAAUACAAUUACAGUACUACUGAUUUAUUAUUAUUACUAUUAGUAGUAGUAGUGGUGGUGGUAUUACAGUGAAUAUUACAUACUGUAACUAAACAGUAGUGAGGUACUGUAUUUCUGUUGAACUUAUUUCCAUUUAAAUUGAGCUUUUAUUUUGGCGGAAGCUUUAUUUUGAAGCCCUUUCCGUUUCUGUGUGUUUUUGAUGGUAGCUUCUCACUUCCAGAAAAGCAGGUCGCUAUGUGAUCCAAUGUGAUUAUUAAACUGCAAAAGGCUGCUAUUUAAUUAAAUAUGUAGUCUGUGUGUGCCUCGUGCUACAAAGUGAAUGAGCACUCUGCUCCCUGUCAUCUGCUACAAACAGAGCAUGUAAUGCUGAAAAUUGUGUUUUCUGUGUAUGAGCUAAGGAGCUGUAAAAGGUAUGAGACACAACACCAACUCCACAUAUUCACAAAUGCUCACAUUUAAAACACUCAGCACAUGCAAACUAUCUAUUUAUCUCAUUAAAAUGCAGUCUUUGUGGUCUAAUAAUCACACUAGGACAUAACAUGAUUUUACUUUGUGUGCUGAAUGUUUACGCAAUGACAUUCUUGCAUCAGAUGAUAUCGUUUUUUGGUAUCAGAGCAUUUUUACGAGCACAAGUACAAGAGCUUGGUAUCGGACCCGAUUCUUAUACCAGUAUCGGUAUCAAGACAUCCCUUGCUUGUUCUGUAUUUAUAAAGACAAAAGAGUAGACUAUGAUUCGUAAAAAAUAAUCACCACAUGUCAUGCUUUACUUUAGAAUAGCCUGUAGGCUUAGUUAGACACUCAUUUAGUAACCACAAUUAGAAGAGAUUAGUUAAUUACCAUCAGUAAUGAAUGAACUUUUUUUUACUCUGUAUGGUUGCAUCAGUCUUUGUUUGCAUACUAAUCUACCCCACAGCACAAUCCCGACAGGUUUGUAUCAUGAAUGUAGUUUUGCAUUAAGCCUCACCUUGAAAGUAUUUAUAAUAAAGACUAUAUU